AUGCUAAGGCAUUCUCGCAGUUACUAUAGGAUAGGUGACCGAAGAAAAAAAAAUUCGAUUUAUUGUUGCACUGGUGGAAUGAAUUAUUCCAAUCUUGGCGGGCGGUCUUCUCGAACGUUUACUCGAACGCCCAGUGGGAUGACUUUCACGGAGGACAUCAAGGCGAUAUUUUCCGUCUUAAUUAUCUGUCUGGACCUGAAGGAUGAGAGUAAACCGUCACGUAGGUGGUACAUGCCGCUUCAAAAAACGUCCUAUCCUUACUCUUUUUCUUUCGAAGAAGGUGUUGAUAGGAUGCAGGACCUGAAACUCACGGUGGAUAUGACGACUACUUCGGUAGAUAUUUCGUUUAAAAUUCAGCCUGAAGUAGCGUGUCAGCUGAUAGAGACCUUCAUGGAAGCUAAAUUACUGCAUACGCCUGCUGAUCGAACGCGCAAUGCACCCAAACCAAAAUGCAUACUGCAACCUACCCCCAAAGGGGUGAGCAUACUUCAGAAGUACGUGAGGGAUAUCGGAUUGAAGAAUCUACCAUCGAUACUGUUUUCGGAUUGCAAUUCGAUGGAGCUUUUCACCUUCGAAAGAAGCUCUGUAACCGAUUCCAUCAUUUACAGCGACCCACUGGUGUAUAUAUUGCUCAAUAAGAUGAUGGGACCUUCUCCCAAUGUUUGGUCCCCGACAAAUUCAUAUGAGAGGAUUCCGUCACUAUCGAAGCUGCUGGAGUAUAACACUGACAUCUUCAGUUUUGAGAAUGUUUCAUAUCGUGGAUGCGAGGGGCUGAGUUCGCAGAAACGAGAACAAAGCCCGUCGUGGCUUGAUCAAGUACCAGAAGAGAGGUUGCAUGAUGAGAAUCGAGUUUCGCCGCUUGCGCAUAAGUUCUUCACAAAUCCCGAUUCGGAUUCGCAUGUCCAGUACUACUCCAUAGACGCAGGCCUGCGGAUUUGCAAAUCGAAAGUUUUCGGUAAUCCCAAAGUGGUUUUCGAUUACUGUUUUACGACCAAAGCGAUUUGGCAGUGGAUCAUGGACUGCACAGAUAUAAUGCAUCCUAAGGAUGCAGUCUCAGCAGCCGCGCUUUUCCUCAAGGCCGGACUUAUUGUUCCAAUAUCAUUACCUCCAUCGGAUAACCCCUGUCGAAAAUUCUGCAUCAGCAGGACGUCCUAUUAUACCCUUACAAGACGAGCAUGGGAUAUAGUUCAAUGGAAUACUGCGAAGGGUAUACGUGCGUCCAUUUCCAAAAUCUCCAAUGGUGAAUCAGAUUUGCAGGACGAGCAGACCAGCGCCUCUUCUUUGACUAUCUGUGCUGAUGACAGCAAAGGUAUGAAAAGGCCAGCCAGUUCAAUCCUGGACUCUGACGGAAGAGCAUGUACACCGGGAUACCAAGUUAAAGGCAUCGAUGACAUUCUACGUGAUCCUGGCAUGAAAUAUCUAUUUAGGCAGCACUUGGAAAACGAGUUUUGCUCAGAGAAUCUCGAAGCAUUUAUUGAUAUAAAGAAAUUCCUAAGGAAAAUGGGACUUUUGAAGAAGCUAAUCCAAUCAAAAAAAGCUACCGAUCUCAAGAGCAAAAAGGCGAGGGCCAGAUGCUCAGGAAGCAAUAUUCGAGCAGCCAUAGACUCCGCUUUAGCAAGACAAGCUAACGAAUGUCUUGAAUUGGGCUAUCACAUUUAUUCUUCCUACAUUGUGAUCAACUCACCUUACCAACUUAAUAUCGAUCAUGGUUUGCGCGAAGCUAUUAACGCCGUCAUGCUUCAUUCAGAGCCCGCCUCUACAAGCGAUCUUGGCUUUCAUUUAGAGACUAGCAAAGAUAACGAGAAGCUAUCAAUUGAAUACCAAAUGAAUGCAUUAUUACCGAGUGUUGAAUCCAUCCCAGAUCAAAAAUCGUCACUCACUCAAUGUGUGGAAGGCCAUGGAUGCGCUUCUAAUGAUUCAAGCUCAGGUAAAGGAGAAGGUAACAAGAAAAUAUCGAACGUGGCGGGAUCCUUCACAGAAGACAAGAAGCUUUCCAAGACUUUCAACGUGCUUAAAGAGCUUUACCCUCUGUUGGAGACAGUCAAUCGAGAUCUGUACCAUUUGAUGCGGAAGGAUUCGCUUCAGAAAUUUAAGGCGUCCAGUUUAUACCAAGAAGCUGUUUCUUUCAUGGAAAUCACUUAG